CCCUGCCACGAUGGCUGGGACUACGACCGCAGCAUCUACGUGGCCACCAUCGUCACCGAGUGGGACCUCGUCUGCAGCUACCGGCAGCUCCGGCAGAUGGCCCAGUCCAUCUACAUGGCCGGGGUCCUGGUGGGCGCCCUGGUCCUGGGGGGUCUCUCGGACAGGUUUGGGCGCAAGGCCAUGUUGAUGUGGUCCUACCUGCAGCUGGGGGUGAUGGGGACGUGCACGGCCUUUGCCCCCAACUACGCGUCCUACUGCGUCUUCCGCUUCGCCGGUGGCAUGGCACUCUCCGGCUUCGGCCUCAGCAUCGCCUGCCUAGUGGUGGAGUGGAUCCCCACGCCCUACCGCGCCAUCACCGUGGCCAUCACCGGCUUUGCCUACACCCUGGGCCAGAUCCUGCUGGCUGGCGUGGCCUAUGCCGUCCCCCACUGGCGCUGGCUCCAGCUCACCGUCUCCCUGCCCUUCUUCGUCUUCCUCCUCUACUCUUGGUGGUUGGCUGAGUCCGCCCGUUGGCUGGUGCUCUCAGGGAAGGCUGAGAGGGCUGUGAAGGUCCUGCAGCGAGUGGCCAGGAUUAACAAGAGAAAGGAGGAAGGGGAGAAGAUCACGGUGGAGAUCCUGAGGUCCAACAUGAAAGAGGAGCUGGAUGGUCUGAAGUCCUCCUACACCAUCUCCGACCUGGUCCGGACCCCAGUUAUCCGUCACAUCUUCUUCUGCCUCUCCAUCGUCUGGUUCUCCAUCAGUUUCUCCUAUUAUGGGCUGGCCAUGGACCUGCAAAACUUUGGUGUCAGCAUUUACCUCAUCCAGGUGAUUUUUGGUGCCGUCGACUUCCCGGCCAAAGUGGUGGUGACCAUCUCCCUGAGCUACAUCGGCCGACGUGUGUCACUCAUGGUGGCCCUCUUCUUGGCAGGGCUUGUCAUCAUUGCCAACAUCUUUGUCUCCACAGAGCUGCAGACAGUGCGCACGGCGCUGGCCGUCAUCGGCAAGGGUUGCCUCUCUGCUUCCUUCAACUGCGUCUUCCUCUACACCACCGAGCUCUACCCCACGCCCAUCAGGCAGACUGGGCUGGGCUUUGGCAGCACCAUGGCCCGAGUGGGUGGCAUUGUGGCACCACUGGUGAAGAUGAUGGAUGAGUACUACCCCUUCUUGCCCCCUGCGGUCUACGGGGUGGCCCCGGUGGUGGCAGCCGUGGCAGCCGGCUUCCUCCCAGAGACCCUCAACAUGCCGCUGCCCGAUACCAUCGAGGAGGUGGAGAGCAGGUGG